GAUCGCGCCACUGCACUCCAGCCUGGGCAACAAAGCGAGACUCUGUCUCAAAAAAAAAAAAAAAGAAAAAGUUAUUCUUUCCAGAUAGCCAUACCUUAAUCCAGUGACUGUUUUUGCUUGUUACCUUAGAGUUCUCUAAUUCUUUUACCUUAAAGGGCAGUGGGUUAAAACGUUUUAGGUACCUUGACUGAUUGAUGUGGAAAAUAUUGUUUGGUCCUGGGGGCGAUUUGGUGUCUCCGAAAUAUGCACGAGGUGCUUGCCUGGCCUAGUUGUAAGGGUUCAAUCCUGCUUUCAAAUGGAGCAAUGGUUUUGAAUGAUUAAAAGGAGACUUUGUGCCCCUGUUUUCUAAGUUCUGGAUAAUUCACCAUAGUUUGUUCCAAUUUGUAUUUCAUCUUCUUAGCUGGUGUUUGCUUUCUCACCUCUGAUCUGGAUUUCCUCAUCUUCUGUUCUGAGAUCUGCUAGUUUGCUGUUGUCUGUGCUCCUUUUGAGUCAGGCUUGCCCCUUGUUUCUGGUUGGUUUCGUACUGUCACCCUCGCCCUGCUCAUCUAGCCCCCCUCUUCUGCUUUCUAAGCAUUCUCUUACCUCCUUUAGAUGGGAAAUCAAAACUCACACUUUUUCUUUUUUAUAAAUGUUGACCCUUACUCAUACAUGUGCCUGUCCCACAAUCUGUAUAGGAUUUUAAGGAAACAGAGCAGCAGCUACAACAAAAUGGGGAGAAGAAAUGAGACCUGUGGUAACAGCCUACGUAUGUCAGACAUCUCUCAGGAGAACUUACCUCACUGGAAUUUGGAUUCAGAAGUACCUGUUCCUGAAACUAAAAUCCUCCCAGCUGGAAGGGAUAGAGCAGCAGGUGGCAAAAUUAACAAGACCUAUUUGGAAAUUCCAGUGGAGCAGCUGACGCCAGAACCUAAUUUGUCGGCACAUACUCAAAAAAGUACACAGAAUAAUAAACAAGGGAUCUUUCAAUUAUGGAAUUGUGCUCUUAAUGAAGGAGGUACUAUAGAGAAGAGGGAAUUCAAAAAAUCUUCAGUGGAAACUGGCUUUAACGUAACCACUAAUCCCAUCAGGCUCUUCACUCUGAGCCACCCAUUCCCAAGCACUUCAGCUGACGAGCAGGUCGGUCCUUACCCUGGACUGCCGGUGCCACUAGGUCUCUGCUGGCCCCAUGCUGAUGGAGACUUUUUCAAGAACAGAAAUGAGAUUCAAUUUAGUUCAUGUUCAGCUAUAGAAAACGACGAUGGUGAAACGUUACCUGCUCCAAUUUGGAAUUUGAAACACGGAAGCAGCAGUGUGGAAGAAAAUUUAACAGAUGAAAGUGACUUAUCAGAAAAUGAGAAAGCAAAUGAUACUUUACUUAGCUCUUUUAAAAAGGUGGACCUGAACUUGAAGCCAGAAACAAUAAAAAAUGUUGAGGAACCUUUCACCGAGGAGCCAAAUGAAGUAUUUCCAUAUCCUGAUUUUCUCCCUCCUGCUUUCAGUACUCUAGACUUGCACAAUUUAGCCCUUUCCAAAUCUGACAAUUGGAAGGCGACAGUGGAACCUGCAGAAAGCUCUAUUGAACACUUGAUAACUCGUUUACUGGAACUAGAACGAUUACAACAUAUGACUAUUCAAAAAGAGAGGCCAAGACUACCAGCGACUUUCUGUACUCCAGCAGUUACUGAACGACCCUCUUCCUCCAAAGCUACACCAAAAGCGAGACAGCUAAAACUUUGUGACUCUUUGAGUCUUCAGAUACCUUGUGUAGAUAAAAGUCAAGAAAGAAGUAAAAACAACUCUGGUUCUUGCAAACUUGAGCAAAAUGCUUUAAAAUGGAAUUGGAGCAAUGCUGGCAAAUAUAAAUGGAAUACUAGACCACCGCCUCUAAAAAGUUUUUCCACCACAAAACAAUUGAUUGAAACUUAUAAGAAUCCCAAAAGUUAUAUUUUAAAUCCAUGCCAAGAACUUUCUUCCAAGCCUACUACUGGCCAAACAACUCAAUCACUGGUUAAAAUGGUCUCCACAAGAUGUCUGCCAUCGAGGUCUCCAAUGCCAGUUUCACCUAUACCUCUGUCUUUUCCCGAAAAUCAGAAGGAAGAAAUUAAGGCACCGAAGAGAAACUUUGGGACCAAAAAGAAACUUUACCGACAAAAUACAGUGUUGAAUAGACCGUUCUCUAUGCAGAAGCUAAACUGUUUGUCACCUUCCCUUAUUGCUAAGGAUAAGUGCUGCUCACCCAUUGAACAAAAAUAACUCUUUUCUUUCACACGUCUCAGUGUGAACAGAUCUAUUCUAAGAAGCCCAACUAAGAUAUGGUUAAUUAUUCCAAGACACAGGUACUAUGAACAAUCCCCCAAAAUCACCAAACGGUUGCUUGAUGUGAUACGUAGUGGAACUGGUGAAAAGCACUGCUGAGAUGUCUCUAUAUAAACCCACAGGCUUCUAUACUGACAUAUUUGACAAUCUUUUGCAUGUUGUGUUUCAAAUAAAUGGUUCACUUAGUAGACUAUUCUAUUCAAAAGGCUAUUGUUUUUUCAGUGAUUGUUUUCCAGCAUCAUUCCAUCAAUAAAUGGUAUAAUUGA